CUCCGCCAGUAUCAUACCUAAAGGUUUAUUAUAAUUUCAAAGAUUGGUGAAUGCCAUUGUGAAUGUUACUGUAGAUCUGUCCUUGAAAACCGGAGAUACUGUAGCUAUACAGUCCUGCGUAUAGCAUAACAUGGUAACUAAUGCUACGCAAUAUUCGGGAAAAUAUUCAUUACAUCUUCACUGAGAGGAAAUCGCAGCAGCAUCACUACCACAGGCAGGUGGACAAAUGUCUCCGAUGUGAAAAAGGUUCUCUGCACCAUUUAAAUGCAGUUUCUCUUCCCAAAUGACAAGUACAAUGAAACUCGUUACUCGGAUUGUGGUUGCGCUGUUACUCUGCGUGACAGCUGUUCGUGUUAUCUCCAGUAUUUUCUUCAACGUGAACCGGGCUUACUCUGUCAGUCCUUCGACCGGCAUAGAAACUGUGGUCAGUGUUGGGACUACGACCAGGCAAAUAUCAAUUAAAAACCUCAGAGGGAAUACAGUGUUGAGGGGCAUUCUAGGUGCUAGCCCCAAUCCCAGUGUAAAAGGUCAGGAAUGCUCUGGGCGGAAAGAAGGCACCAUGUGCUAUCAUUGGAAAGGAAUAGCUGAAGUCAAAUUUAAAUCAGUCGUCACAAGUGAGGCCAAAAGCAUUCCGUUUUCAUGUGUGGAUGUUGAGUGGAAGUCGUUUGUUGCAGACAUUCCCCUACGAGACUGCUAUUCUCUGGAAGGGGCUCACUGGUAUGGAGCAGCCGAGAAGUAUGAACAGGUAUGGCCCAUAGAUAAAGCCAGUGAAUCAACUGCAAUGUUCGCAUCCACAGACAUUUACGAAAAUCUGAAAGGCUAUGGAUCAGUUCUGGACAGGUACUGGUUGUCAUCUCGAGGGGUUGCUAUUCGAGUAAGUUAUGACACUCCUUUGCAUGUCAGUCUGAAUGAAAAUGGCGACGGCAUGUUGUGCUUUCAGAGCAACUACGCAAACUCAAAGUACAUUAAUGUCCAUCACAAUUUGCACCGGUUAGACUACACAGUCUGUUCACAUGACAACGUGCGCCUCGUGCACGAUGCGGUUUGGCGCGAAAUGGGACCAAGUGGUGGGAAACCUGAAGGCUUACCAGAUGAAAGAAUGAUCAAGUCUCCUAUCUGGUCAACGUGGGCGAGAUACAAAGUCUUCAUCAGUGACAGUGUGGUAAACGCAUACGCAGAUGAGAUCGUAUCAAAUGGAUUCUCUAACAGUCAAAUAGAAAUAGACGAUGGGUACUCCUUAAAGUACGGAGAACUUGACUUUGAUCCAAAAAAGUUUCCCAACAUGAAAGACACUGUUCGGAAACUUCACGACAAGGGGUUUCGUGUGACUCUUUGGGUGACACCCUUUGCCAACAAGGAUACCAGCGCGUACCAGGAAGGUAAAGAGAAAGGGUAUUGGGUGACAGAAAAAGGGAAGGAUGAAGGCGUGGUCAAGUGGUGGAAUGGAUUCGCCGGUAUGCUUGACAUCACCAACCCAGACGCUGUGGAGUGGUUCAUAGCAAGGCUUGACAAACUUAAACAGGAUACCGGGAUUGAUUCUUUCAAGUUUGAUGCUGGAGAAACCAACUAUCUUGCCAAGGAUUUUAAGACCCAUGUACCACUAGUGAACCCUUGCGGGUACACAACC